GGGCACGCGCGUCUCUGUUUUGUGGGCCUCUUGUGAACGUCGAGAGGCAGAGAUCUGCGGCUUUUGAGUGACGGCCGGAAGUGGGGCGACUUGAGGUUGAGCGGAAGAGGCAGCGGCGUCGGUGAAGCGCUUGUCUGAGUGCCUUAGGAAGAAGAUCCUUUUAUUGAUUUUAUUCCAGACCACACUGAGCCUCAGUUGUCAAAGGUGGGCCCAACAUAAGAACAACUGUUCUGGGCAGAAUGAUGACAGUAGAUCUGAAGGUGACUGAAUAUUUGAACUCACAGAUCAGGGCUCUAUGGGAGACCAAGGGGCCUGUAACAGUGGGCUCCACUCAGAGUAAGAAGUAUACCACACAAAUGGACAGUCUCAGUCCUGAGAGCUCUCGCCAACACUUCCGGAGUUUCCAUUAUCAUGAAGCAGCUGGACCCCGUGUGGCUGUUGGUCAGCUUCAGGAAUUAUGCCGUCAGUGGCUAAGGCCAGACAUACACUCAAAAGAACAGAUCUUGGAUCUGCUGGUGCUAGAGCAGUUCCUGACCAUUCUGCCCAGGGACACCCAGACCCGGAUAAAGAAGCACCACCUACAGAGCAUUGAGGAAGCUGUGACCUUGGUAGACCACUUGCAGAGUGAAUCUGUUCAAACAAGGAAUGGGGUUGCAGUCCAUGUGCUGGGAAAGGAGGCAGUGCUCUUGGGAGAAACAGCAGAGACCUCAGGCUUCAAACUGAAGCCAGCAGAGGCCCAGCCGGUGGGCAGGUCCCAGGAUGAAGAAAUUUGGAAUGCAUAUGAGGAUCUACAACAACAGCUGAGCAGGAAUACUCUUAAAGAAACUGAGCCUGUGUGUGAGAGGGCUGUACCUGCUCACCAAAUCCUAGAUUUUCCUGAGCAGUUAAAGAACAAACAUUGGACAGUGGCGCCUGAGCUCAUCUUUCCUGAGUCCCAGAGCUUAUUGACAUUUGAAGAAGUGGCUGUAUAUUUUUCACGGGAAGAAUGGGAGUUACUGGAUCCUAGUCAGAAGGCUCUCUACAGUGAUGUAAUGAAGGAAAACUAUGAAACUGUCAUCUCUUUAGCUGUGCCUGUUCACCAGACCCUAGCCUUUCCUGAGCAGACAAACACCAAAGAUUGGACGGUGGCGUCUGAGCUCUUCUUGCCUGAGUCCCAGACCUUAUUGACACUUGAAGAAGUGGCCGUGUAUUUUUCAAGGGAAGAAUGGGAGUUACUGGAUCCUGGUCAGAAGGCCUUAUACAAUGAUGUAAUGCAUGAAAACUAUGAAACUGUCAUCUCUCUAGCCUUAUUUGUGCUCCCCAAACCUAAAGUGAUCUCCUGUCUAGAACAAGGGAAAGAGCCAUGGGUUCAAGGAUCCACGGAGUUCAUGGAAAGUCCUGGAGAGCUGCCUAUAGGGUUAAAGCUCAAAAAUGACACUGAAAGUCAUCAGCCUAUUUGUCUUUCUGGCUUAGAAGUAGAAGCACCCAGAGACAUAUCAAAAAAGACCAGAGUAAAAGUUCCCCAGAAAACAACAGUCAAAGAAAAUCAUGGUGAAAUGCACAGAGUGGGGAAAUGGCACCAAGAUUUAACAGUAAAGAAAAAAAAGAAGCUUUCAACCUGGAAACAAGAGCUGCUGAAACUUAUGGAUCGUCACAAGAAAGAACGUGCAGCAGAGAAGCCUUUUAAAUGCCAGGAAUGCGGGAAAAGCUUCAGAGUUAGCUCUGACCUUAUUAAGCACCAAAGAAUUCACACUGAAGAGAAACCGUAUAAAUGCCCACAGUGUGAUAAGAGGUUUAGAUGGAGUUCAGAUCGUAAUAAGCACUUAACAACACACCAAGGAAUAAAACCAUAUAAAUGCUCAUGGUGUGGGAAAAGCUUCAGUCAAAAUACAAAUCUCCACACACACCAAAGAACUCACACUGGAGAGAAGCCCUUUACGUGUCAUGAAUGUGGAAAAAAAUUCAGUCAGAACUCCCAUCUUAUUAAACAUCGGAGAACCCACACAGGUGAGCAGCCUUACUCCUGUAACAUAUGCAGAAGAAACUUCAGCAGACGGUCGAGCCUUCUUAGGCACCAGAAACUCCACCAAUGAAGGGGGAAACUUGUCCAAUGUCAUCAGUCUGAACAAAUUCACCAAGUGGAGUUUGAUGCUAAAGUUUGUGGAAAAAUACAAAAUUAUGAAGCAUGAAUUUUUUAUCAGUGGAAUAUUUGGGGCAAUCAGCACCAUGUUGCACAGAAAGGAAUCAAAUUUGACUCUGCAGGGGAUGCAUUAAACUACUUAAUGCAUACUGUACUACUUACUGUUUUUACUUAUAACCUAUAGAGAAUUCCUUAGCAAGAUUAGUGUUCUAGGAACAUUCUGAAAAUGGAAAAAGCUGUUUUGGGAUUGUACCUGCCAAAAUAUCAAAUUCAGCUUCAAGUAGCAGAUAAAGCUAUGAAUCAGUCUUCUGUGGUUACAGAGGUAAACAGUGUUGGUUUUGCAUUGAUCUACCCAGCCACUCUUAAACACAAGCAACAGAAACAUUUGUAGCAUCAUCUUCCAAAACAAAAAGCAAUAAUAUGCUCAUUUAAUUGUAUACCAUUGUCUCUAAGGUAGCAAGAUUAACAGUUUCAAUAGUCUCAUGAGAUAGAAAUGAAUUCUAAUGUAAAGUUUGCUAAGAACCAAAUUGGAUUUUCCCCCUUUCUUGUCACUUGCCAUUGUGUAAGUUUUUUCUUGAACUUUUUAGCAACUUGAGCUCUUAAGUCAUAGUAGCACAAAUUUUACUUUAAGGAAAUCAUGUUUACUUCACCACUAGAGAAUUUGCCUGAUAAUUAAUAAUGCACUAUCUUUCCUUUCAUUGGUGGGUUUUUUUUUUUUUUUUUUUGGAAAAGAAAACAUUUCUAAUGAGAUUAUAUGGAAACAUGUUGGAAUUUUUAGCCAUGGAAUAAUAUAUUAGAUGUAAAGAAGAAUUUUCUGCAAUAAAAGAAAUGACUUUCCUUCCCUCACAAUAUCAAUAGGAUAAAAUAGCCAUAAAAAUUAGCACUUUCCUGAGGCCUAAAAGAAAUUUAAUGGGAGUCUAGGUUUAACUUCUCAGGAAUUUGUUUGUUUGCUUUUUCAUUUAGUUUUUGUUAUUAAGAAUCAGGAGAGACUUAUGUAUCUGUGAAGUAGAGUGUGUGCUGUAGACAGCAUUCUGUGGUUUGCUGUGUAUGGUGACCAGGGAAUCCAUUCAGCAGGAAACCAGAUUUCCAAAAGGGCAGUUUUGGGAACUGAUGCAGAGUGGUUGGCAAAAAUGAAUCAGUUCACAUCCAUAUGGGUUGUCUUACACUGUAAACUAUUAGGCAGGGUCUGCCUGUAUUCUCUUCAGAGCAGCAUUUAGUUAGUAGUCUUGAGUGAUGUUCGACACACUGCUGAAAACCUAUAGACUGUGGACAUUCUUAUAACUCACCCUUUAUUUCUACUUUUGACUCAGAUGUAUUCUUGUUAGAGCUUUCAGGGAUUAAAUUAUCUCUUCAAAUCUAUUUGAUAAAUGAGAAAAUUAAAGCACAAACUUCUGUUUAGCUGUCACUUAGCUUCAUCAGUGAGACCUGAAGGCAGGAUUACUAGGAAUUUAUUUCUACAGAGCCAGCCUAGAUGACAUUGUAUUGUAUCUAUUUCUAACUUGCGAAACAUUUCUGUUUCUUGAUUGGUUACUAAAACACUCUUAAGUCUCCAUUUUCUCUAUGAAAUAGUGAAAACACUUAACCUCAGGGUCAUUUGGGGAUUACAGGGAUUGAGGAAAGAGAAGCACGUACCAGCCUUACCAACAGUAGAUGCUCAAUGUGUGCUUCUUUCUCUUUCCCCUGCUCCCCAAAUACGUUCGGCAGACUGACUACUUUAAAGGAACAGAUGCAUUUGUGGUUCUUACAGCUCCUUUUAGGAGCUAAGCACUGGUUACACUGAUUUGGUUUGUAGCGUCAGUAUUUUUUGUUGUAAGUCACCUGAACCUUGGUCUGGCGCCUUCAGUGAUAGUUAAUUUUCUUCCCUAAGGCGAACUACACCAAAUAUUUCUUAUGCAUGCCAACACUGAAGCUUUGGUCUGAGUAGCUCUUACCCAACACCUUCAGCCUUAGACCCCUGGGAUUCUGUCUUUCCUCCCAAUAAGGUACAUGUGGAUUUCUUGUUGGCAGUACAUUGAUUUAUUUAAGUUAAUGGUGGCCUUUUAUGCAUCCAGGCAAUGUUAUAGACCAAGGAUAUAGGCAUGCACAAAAGAAAAAAUUCAUACCCUCAUGGAGUUUAUAUUCUAGUAAACAAUAAAAAGGAGAAAGGUUAUGCUUUUCUGCUUCUUGCAGUUAGACAGGGCCCUCAGCCAUUUUGGUCAUUGGGUUGUGAGCAGAAUUCUCACUUCUGGGCUGAAACUGGUGCUCUCCUUUCUUGCCCAAAUCAUGGAAGCACAUACAGAGACAGGAACCAUGAGAUGAAACUAGUUUAGAAUGCUGAGUUCUUCACAUGGCAGGUCAGUUCUUCUCAUUAGUCUCCUAGACCUAUAAGGGACUUUUGGACUUUAUGGGAACAAGAAAUAAACUUUUGUGUUUAACC